AUGGUUGGGAAACUGAAGCAGAACUUACUACUGGCAUGUCUGGUGAUUAGUUCUGUGACGGUGUUCUACUUGGGCCAGCACGCCAUGGAAUGCCACCACCGAAUAGAGGAGCGCAGCCAGCCGGCCAGACUAGAGAGUACAGAGGCCACAGUGCGAACUGCCGUGGACGUCAAAGCCAAUAAAACCUUUGCCUACCACAAAGAUAUGCCUUUGAUAUUUAUUGGAGGUGUGCCUCGAAGUGGAACGACACUCAUGCGGGCCAUGCUGGACGCACACCCCGACAUUCGCUGUGGAGAAGAAACCAGAGUCAUUCCCCGGAUCCUGGCCCUGAAGCAGAUGUGGUCGCGAUCAAGUAAAGAGAAGAUCCGCCUGGAUGAGGCUGGUGUCACCGAUGAAGUUCUGGAUUCUGCCAUGCAAGCCUUCUUACUAGAAAUCAUUGUAAAGCAUGGGGAGCCAGCCCCGUAUUUAUGUAACAAAGACCCUUUUGCCCUGAAAUCCUUAACUUACCUUGCCAGGUUAUUCCCCAAUGCCAAAUUUCUCCUGAUGAUUCGAGAUGGCCGGGCAUCAGUCCAUUCGAUGAUUUCUCGAAAAGUUACUAUAGCUGGGUUUGACCUGAACAGCUAUAGAGACUGUUUGACCAAGUGGAAUCGUGCCAUAGAGACCAUGUACAACCAGUGUAUGGAGGUUGGCUAUAAAAAGUGCAUGUUAGUUCACUAUGAACAACUUGUCUUACAUCCUGAGCGGUGGAUGAGAACACUCUUAAAGUUCCUUCAUGUUCCAUGGAACCACUCAGUAUUGCACCACGAAGAGAUGAUUGGGAAAGCUGGGGGAGUGUCGCUGUCAAAAGUGGAGAGAUCUACGGACCAAGUCAUCAAGCCGGUCAAUGUGGGAGCACUCUCCAAAUGGGUCGGGAAGAUUCCUCCAGAUGUCUUACAGGACAUGGCGGUGAUUGCACCCAUGCUUGCCAAACUUGGAUACGAUCCCUAUGCCAAUCCACCAAACUACGGGAAACCUGAUCCCAAAAUCCUUGAAAACACUAGAAGGAUGAGGCAUGGCUUCCUGAUCUUCGAAGGCUAA